AUGACGCCCUCUGGGAAGCUCAUUCUGGACUUUGGUCAGAACCUCGUCGGUUAUGUCAGGCUGUCGAAUAUCAACGGGCCAGUUGGACACAAGAUCACCCUCUCGCACGCCGAGGUCCUCGAACACGACGAACUGUGCACCAGACCCCUCCGAAUCUGCAAAGCGACGGACGAAUACAUCCUCAAAGGGGAGGGAAUCGAAUCAUACAAUCCCAGAUUCACCUUCCACGGCUUCCGAUACGCACAAAUCGACGGCUGGACGGGCGGUGAUCUUAGGGAAUGCGCCGAAGCAAUUGUCUGCCACACGGAUAUCACGCCCAUUGGAGGAUUCUCCUCUUCACACGCACUACUCAACAAGCUAUACCAGAAUAUAUGCUGGGGCAUGCGCGGCAACUUUCUCUCAGUCCCAACCGACUGCCCGCAGCGAGACGAACGGCUCGGCUGGUCGGGCGACCUGGCAUUAUUCGCACCGACGGCAGUGCUCAUCUACGACUGCUUCACCUUCUUGAAGAACUGGCUGAUUGACGUCGAGUACGACCAGAUGGUCCUCGGUGGUGUGCCGGCCAUGGUAACGCCGAAUAAUACCAUUCCGGAUCCUGUCUGGUGUCGACGCGUGCCAUGUGCGAUUUGGCAUGAUGUGACUGUUCUGGCGCCCUGGGCAUUGUAUGAGGAGACUGCGGAUACAAGUAUCCUUGCGCAGCAGUAUAAUAGUAUGGUCACCUGGAUGCGAAUGGUUCCUCUUCAGACUUCGGGAGCGACUCAUCUCUGGGAUCCGGCUAUAUUCAACCUGGGAGACUGGCUUGACCCUGCAGCCCCACCGAAUGCACCCUGGAAGGGAGCGACAGACGCGAAAAUGGUGGCCAAUGCGUUCCUGAUCCACAGCCUGGACCUUAUGUCGGAGAUAUCUCGAAUCCUGAAUCAACAAGGUGACCAUGCACAUUUCACGGCCUGGUCAAAAGCAGCAAGACAGGAAUUCCAGGACGAAUACAUCACAAAGACCGGACGACUGGUCUCUGACUCGCAAACCGCCUACGCACUAGCAAUCUGCUUCGACCUGUUGACCAACUCUCAGCGGGAGCACGCAGGUUCAAGGCUCGUCUACCUCGUCCGAAAAAACGAGUUCAAAAUAGGAACAGGUUUCGCCGGAACGCCCUUUAUAUGCGAAGCCCUGGCCAAAGCCGGCCAUAUCCAAGUGGCGUACGCGAUGCUACUCGAAGAAUCGUGCCCCUCAUGGCUGUAUCCAGUAACAAUGGGCGCUACAACCGUCUGGGAGAGAUGGGAUUCUAUGCUCCCCGACGGAUCAGUGAAUCCGGGGGAGAUGACCUCGUUCAACCACUACGCUUUCGGGGCGAUUGCGAAAUUCAUGUAUGAGCGUGUGGCGGGGUUACAGAGGGUUGAAGCUGGGUGGAGGAAGUUCCGCGUUGCACCGUCUAUCGGGGCGGAAUUUAGCCAUGCAGCUGCUGAGCAUGAGACGGCCUUUGGACGGACAUCAGCUCGGUGGGAGACGACAAGACAAAACGGUGAUCUUGAGAAGAUGGUGGUGUGGGUGUCUGUCCCGUAUAGUACCACAUGCGAGGUUGUCAUUCCAACUACAUCCGGGGAGAGGAGGGAAGUUGUUGGGUGUGGAGAGUGGACGUUUGAGAGCGAGUUUAGGAGAGAUUACGAGUGGCCGGUCAAGGCUUUGCCGCCAAAGUCGUAG